AGACGGUAAAUAACGGAAGAGUUGGGCUUGAGAGAGAAAGUAAUGUCGCUAGACAUUGAAAGAGAUAAAAACGUAGUGCAUAAAUAAUCAAAACUGUAACUUUAAAAAGUCAUAUUUCAAAUUACUUUUGCUUUGAAAACAUAACUUACUUUAAUUACUUCCAUGAAAAAUAAUAUUUCAGUGCGUUUAGGAGCUUGUUCUAUGUUGCCGUUUUACCCAUGAUUCGUCUGUGCUCCAAUAUGUCGCGUGCUGGAUAGAAAGUUAUCUUGUGUAAGCCCUAGUCAUGAAAUCCACUCCAUCAUGCAUGAAUGAAGUGGUUUGGGCUGACCGACCACAUGAAGUGCUGACUAACGGCCAUCCUGAAAUGAGUGGUGGUCAGUCUGUGCGACACAUAGCCACGAGGUCUCAAGAUGAUGCUAUGGUUGGCUAUUUUUUCCAGCGUCCACAGACUGACCCAGAUUUUCAGAAUUAUACGGGGAAGCAGUCAAGAUGGGCACUUGGUGAUGAUAGUGUAUUAGAGGUUCGUGGAAAUGAAAACUCAGAAUUGGAAAGUGAUUUCCAAGCACUGGCAUUAGAAACAGGACAUACAUUAGAAUAUUCUCCAGCAACAAAAAAAUUAUGGGGUGUGGAAGAUACUAAACCAGAUGAUGGUAAAGGUAUAUUGUUUGGUGACCAGUGGAGGGAUGCGGCUUGGAGUACAGGCCAUAACAGUGCAUCAGAUACAGGUGGGCUUGGAGUUAAAAUGGUUGAAUAUGUACUUGGUAGCUCUCCAACGUCUAAAGACUUGGACAACCGCAUGUCACGAUUGCAUCUUGGCAUGAAUUCAAAUGACCCAUCGGAGAAAUUAAAAAAGCUGAAAUCUCUGUCUUUUGAUGGUGAUAUGAAAGGAAAAGAACAAGAAAACAGUGGUGUAAUUCACCAGUCUAAUGGGAUUAUGCAGAAUGGACUAAGUGAUGACAAUGGUUACCACCACGCUUCUAAUAGCAGACAGUCUUCUCCUAGUGAAGACAUAGGAGGCAAGAAACAUAUGAUGAAUGAAAAAUUGCCAAAGCAUUCUGAACAAAUGAUGCCACCAUCAUCGGGAACAAAUAUGCAGUCAGGAGGACCAUCUUUAGGUGGUUUAGACCCUGGUUUUGAAAAUGUAGGAAUAGAUCCUCUUCAGUUUGAUUAUUCGUCAGCUUUUAUGCAAUCAAUAGAUUCACCAAAUACUAUGGAUUAUGGCAGUCAGAUGACAUCAAGGAAAAUGGUCUUAAAUAGAGCUGAUGAAAAAUUUGGCUCAUCAAACUUCUCUUGUACAGAUCCUCAGCAUUUUUUUAUGGAGCUUUAUUCACGUAGUCAGGGCCAACCUUUGCCUGUGAUGGGCCAGCAGCAAUUUCCGAUGCAGCAACAAGGCCAAAUGCAAGCUGCAAAUCCAGCAGCUUCCCCUGCACCUUUCGCUUCCAGUCCCUAUGUGAUGAACCAAGAUCCUUAUGCCGCUGCAGCACCUAUGGGAACAAUUAUGCCUGGUCCUGCAAUGGUGCCUCAAUAUUAUGGCAUGCCUCCAUGGGGCAUGUUUCCUACUCCAGGAAUGGUACAGGGUGGACAAGGGCAAAAUCCAAAUACUCAGCAACAGCUGUUGCGUGGUGGCGGCGCUAGGCCUAUGACUCCUCAAGGCCCAGGUGCUGAUACCAUGGCACAAGGUGGUGGUGGUAUGCCUCAGGGCAUGCAAGGUCCAGGGGGACAGUAUCAAGUUGUAGCACCUUCCUACUAUGAAAAUGGAUCUGUAAUGAUGGGAAAUGCGAGGGGCAUGGGAACAGCAAUGAGGCUAGUCCCUCCUGUUCUUGUCAAUCCAGCGGCUGCACCAAAUAACAAUCCAGGUACUAUGGGUAGUGGUGGCCUACGUUUGCUUGGCUCACAAGGUCAGCAAAAUCCUGCGGCAAGCCUCUUUAGUAAUGGAACACCUAACAGUAAUACUAUUUAUACUUCACCUGCUAGUUCUAAUAUGACAUUUAGUCACCCAAAUUCUGGUCUAGGAUUUUCUGGGACAAAUGGCAGUCAACUAGGUUAUGGAUCAGGACUUGGUUUAGGCCCUGCCCAACCCCAGAAUACUAUGGGCUAUGGAUCAAAUUCUAUGGGUCCUAUUGGUGCUUCAUUAAGUGCUAUUGGAACUAGCAUAGGAGGCACAGCUGGAUCACCUAGACGUGAUUCAUUUGAUCGGCGUGAUGCUACUUCUCUUGGAACAAUGGCAGGUACUGGAUUCUCUGGUGGAUUAGAAAGUCAGCUUUCACGUCAGAUGACGCAACAGAAAGGAAACCAGUUUUAUGGACCUCUUGGAUCUGUAACUGCUUCAGGACCAGGCCCAAUUGGCAUGAUCCCCCCCAGUCAAAGCCUUACCCCUCCACCAUCUAUAAAUGGAGGAUCCAUUGGAAAUCUUAAUCUUGGUACUUUAGGUGGAAGAAUACUGUCGGCAGCACCUGGAGCAGAAGCUAAAUAUAUGAUUAGGAAUGGGCCAUUGGGAAAUAAUGUCUUUGGCUCUUCUAGUACAUUAUUUCCAAACAGGACCUUACAACGGAGCUCCAGCUUAGAGAAACCAACUGGACGUAGUCGAUUGCUAGAAGAUUUUAGAAAUAAUCGUUAUCCUAAUUUACAGUUGAGGGAUUUAGCAAAUCACAUAGUGGAGUUUUCUCAAGAUCAGCAUGGAUCAAGAUUUAUCCAACAAAAGCUUGAGAGAGCGACUCCUGUAGAAAAGCAGCUGGUUUUUAAUGAGAUUUUAGGAGCUGCUUACAGUUUAAUGACUGACGUAUUUGGAAAUUAUGUUAUUCAAAAAUUCUUUGAAUUUGGAACUUCAGAGCAAAAACAGGCUUUAGCACAAAAAGUGAAAGGACAUGUUUUACCACUCGCACUCCAAAUGUAUGGCUGCCGUGUUAUUCAGAAAGCCUUAGAAUCUAUACCAGCUGAACAGCAGAAGGAAAUUGUUAAGGAGCUAGAUGGACAUGUUUUGAAAUGUGUUAAGGACCAGAAUGGCAAUCAUGUUGUUCAGAAAUGUAUAGAAUGUGUUGACCCUAUUGCCCUACAAUUUAUUAUAAAUGCAUUUCAAGGACAGGUGUUUUCAUUAUCUACCCAUCCAUAUGGUUGCCGUGUGAUACAACGCAUUUUAGAGCAUUGUACUAAAGAGCAGACUACUCCAGUACUUGAGGAAUUACAUCAACAUACCGAGCAGCUGGUUCAGGAUCAGUACGGAAAUUACGUUGUGCAGCAUGUUUUAGAACAUGGAUGUCAAGAUGAUAAAAGCAAAAUUGUUAAUGUUGUUCGAGGCAAAGUUCUGAAUUUAUCACAGCAUAAAUUUGCAAGCAAUGUUGUUGAGAAAUGCGUUACCCACGCUUCACGGGCUGAAAGGGCUAUUCUGAUAGAAGAAGUUUGCACCUUCACAGAUGGGCCUCACAGUGCCUUAUAUGCUAUGAUGAAGGACCAGUAUGCCAAUUAUGUGGUGCAAAGAAUGAUAGAAGUUGCAGAACCACCGCAGCGCAAAAUUCUGCUGCACAAGAUCCGUCCUCAUGUUGCAUCUCUACGCAAGUACACUUAUGGCAAACACAUUCUUGCCAAGCUAGAGAAAUACUUGUUGAAAAGUAGUGACCUAGGUUCUUUAGGUGCUCCUGCUAAUGGAGCUAUUUAGCUUACAAAAAACAACUGCUAUCUUACAUGUCGGAGUGAGUUAAUGGUGUACUGUAUAGAGAUUAGGAUUAACAAUGCAUGAUUAUUAAAUAAUUAACGAGAAAAUUGACCGAGUGAAAUGUUUCUAUGGCACACUAUGAUUUUAUUUAAUGUGAAUAGUUUUUCCCCCUGCUUUUAUAGUUGUAGAUAAAGUGCACAAGUAUUGACACUUCUGUAGUUUAAAAAAUGAAAGUAAUUUAGCAUUGCCUUUGCUUCAAAAUUAUUCCAAACUUAACAGUUUUCUGGAUUUGUUCAUUUAUUUAAAUUACUUUUUGAACAGUGUUGUCAUAAAAGCUUCAUUUGCCAAAUCAUUUUAGCAUUUAGGCUUGGUAAUUUUGAUGGUUUGUUGUAAAUAGGAUAAAUGGACACUCCGACAAAAAGAAAAAAUCAAUUUGCAAUUGUAUCUAAAAUAGGAUUUAUAAAUAAAACUGAUUUUAAUUUUGUUCCCAUUGUAUAACAACUUGCAUAUUGUGUUUGAUAUAGUUUUUAUUGGGUAUACCUAGCCCAGUAGUUGAUCUUGUACAGGAUGUGUGAAUGCAUUGUUGGCAUGCAUCGAAAAAGUCAAUUCAUAUUUAUAAUGUAUCUCAUACUUAGUGCUAUUGCCAUACCCCUGUGUGGUGAUUAUUACCAUGAUUAUCAUACUUAUUUAUUAUAAGCAUUGAAUUUUUGUUAUUAAUAAUGAAUUUCUGAUAAUCCUGCUCCCAUUUAAAAAAAAAGUAUUGGAAAUUGAUAAAAUGCAGUUUAGCUUUGGAAAACUUAAAAUUGGUCUGGUGCAUUAAAUAAUAAAAAUUUAUACAAAUAUUUAUGUGAUUAUAAUUUCUGAUUUUAUAUUAUUCUGCUAAAGCCUUUUCCAUUUAGAUAACAAUUUCAUAAAAGAUAAUCUGAUUACUUGUAUGUUUUUUUAAGACUUUGCUUGUAUUUCUCUUUCCAUAUGCACCAUAAAAUAGCCUUAUGAAGUUCCUCAUUCCAUUAAAAAUAUGAGGUUGUAGUGAUGGUUUUCAAGCUAGGUUUACCCACUGUGUAUAGUGUACAAUGUGUGAAAAAAUUUUGUAACAUUUCGGUGCUACAGAUGUAAUUUUUGAAUACUGCUAAUUUUUGAUAACGUCCUGUACAGUCAGCUCUGUAAAAGUGUAACUAAUUCUCAUAUGUUUUCGUGGAUAGGUGUAUGGAUGCAGCAUGCUUUGCUGUUAGCAUCAUGUAACAUAUAUUACCAUGCAGGACUUCUUCCUCUGAUUUAUAGAUUUACUAAUGUUACUUUAGUUUUGUUGUAGUUUUUGUGUUUUUUUGUCUUCAUGAAAACAAUUCCCUAACAGAUUAUUGCAUAGGAAGUCUUGUUACAGAUUGUGUAUCAUGAAAUUAAGUAUGGUUGAUCGUUACUUUUAAAUUCGUUGAAAUAAUACUUGCUGGUAUCUUUGAAAGAUUUCUGUAGGGCACUGCCUUAGACUUUUAAUUAAAACCUUUUGUUUUAAUGAAACUAGCCUUACAUCUUUGAGUGUUUAUGAACUGAUAUUUCUUUUUACUUUGACUUGUCUUUUCUGAAAACUUUUUUAAGGUUUUGCUCUUCAUAUAAUGCUUUUUUUUAUUAGCUUUUUUUUUUUUUUAGAUGUAUGUAUUUCUUUAAGUUUAUGUUAUGUGGAAUGGAAGAUGGAAGCUACCGUUUUGCAGUAGUAUCUGUGUUAAAUGCAUAAUGGCUGCUACCAUUGCAUAUGAUUUGAAAAUGCAUAUAAGGGGAUUUAUUGUAAGAAAGGAGUAAAUAUUUUAUAUAAUGGAAUUUCCCACAUUCUGGGUCAUAAUUUCCUUGCUUAAUUUUUUUCUUUCCUGGUAUUUAUUGUUUUGCAGAUCUAGCUAGCAAAAGUUUUAACACAGACUUUUCAGCCUUUUACUUUGACCCAGCUUGAAGUUUUUUCCCUUAAAGCAAUGGUAUUUUACAUUUAAUAUGAAGUAUCAUUGUUAAUUUUUAUUUAAAAAUAAUUGCAUAUUAUAAACCUUAUCUGUUUCAAAUCAUAGGUAAAUAAUAAGAGGCAUAUUUAGCAUAUAAUGACUUUCCUAACAAAAUUGCUGUAGUUUUCCUGUGUGUUAUUGCUUAGAUUUUCUCUGAAUGUGGUUAUCUGUAGAAAUUUUAAGCUGCAUUCAGCAGUAAUUAUGGUGCCCGUGUGGUAUAAUCAGCUUGUGAAUGUGGGAUUUGGUCUCUUGUAAUAAUUUACUAUGGGAAUAAAAGUCUAUUUCUGUCUGCAUAUUUGAGAAAAGUGUUGUGGUUAACUUCAGUAUUGUUUAGCUUUCUUGUAAUAAUAUAUACAUAUAUAUAUAUAUAUAUAAAUAUAUAUACAUAUAUAACUUAGCCAAUCUGACAUGAAUGUCAUGUUGGUUAAAUUUUUGUAAAACUUGUGGAAACAUUUUUGUAUUCAAUUUUUAUUGUAAUUAGCUCAUGUAGAAAAUUGUAUGUGCAUGUAGUGUGUUGUAGGGAGCUAUUGUGUUGUAGAUUUGGAUUUUGUAUAUUUCUGCUCAUUGGCCGCAAAAGCCCUUUUGCAACUGUACAGAGGAAGGGUGGGGACAAGCAUGACAUUUUUUUCUUAUUAUAAUUUCUUUACAAAAUGUAUAUCUUUUAGAAUGAAAAAUAGCCUAUUUAUGGUGUGGUAUCAAAGGGGCAUAUUUUAUUCAAUUCUUUCAAAUUUUGGGGGAUGAAAAUUGUAAAUGAAUUUUAAUAAUGAACAAUUAAUUGUAAAUAUGAACUAAAGUAUACUUUUAUAUUGGUCAUUCUUUACUUAAAAUUUGCCAACAAUCGCUCCUGAAGCCUAUAUUAACUUUGAUACUGUUCUUUUUUAUUGUUAUUUAUAAACUAAAUAUUUGUAAUAAAAAUUAAAUCUUAUUUAUUUGUUGAUACUUGUUUUGCUUCUUCCCCCUUUAAAUCCUUCAUGAAGAGUUGAAAAAAAUUAUGAGCUCUUUUGAUUGCACACAUAAGUACUGUGAAUUUUUCUGUGUAAAUAGCAUAAAAUACAUGCAUUAAAUCAUGCAACAAAUAAUUUGUACAGUGUAAUUUAUUACAUAAUUUAAAACUUCCUUUUCCAUAUGUGGGAUAGCAUUUGGUUAAUGCUGCUGGUGUAAUAUUUAAAAGUUAAGUAACAUUAUUUUUACAAUGUGAAAGUGCCCAUUGUUGAGACCAGUUUUGUGUAUAUAAAUUUUAAUUUCAUAACUACAUGUUCCUUAUAUUUAUUUAUAGCAAAAUCAUUUUUGAAUUUUACCAAUCAUGUUAAAUUAUAACUGUAAAGUUUUGUAAUAUCCUGAUUUCUUUUAUCUUAAUGAGUAUUUUAAAUGAACUUUGUAAAUAAGCAAAAUCAGUAUAUGUGAUGUUCCAGCUGGUUGUAGCAAAGUUUUGCACAAAAUUUUCUGUAAAUUUUUAUACAUUUCUGAAAGUAGGUUCAUUUCAGUAUAUUAGCUUUCUUUUCUGUUUUGUACAAUUACGCGUUGUUAGAAAAGAAACUUGUAAAUAAAUUUUUAAAAAUUUUCAAGCAUUACGCUCAUAAAACAUGCAUGAAAUACCCUUCAUUUGUUCAUUAGAUUAAAUACCUUAUAUUCCUCUGUUUUUAUCUAAUAUUUUUGUUAUUAAAGUAAUAUAUUUUCAUUUUGCUGAAUUUAAUAUUCUUUAUAUUUAGAUGUUUUAAUUUAAGUUUUUUAAUAUUUUUAUUUAAUUCCAGCUACUCAAUGCUUCAAAGAACCAUCAGUCUUCCAUGCCAUUAACUUUUGUUAUUGGUAAAAAUACCUGAUGGUUUUUCUGUAUAUUUUAAGUUUUAAUAAGCUAAGAAGUACUCUUUUGAUGUGUGUACCAGCUUCAGUGAUAACUGUUUGUGUCAAGUAUAUGUAUUAAAUAUACUCUAGUAAGAUUAAAACAUUUUCCAUCUGUAAAAAAUCAUUUCUUUUAAGCAUUUACCAUGUAAAUUAGAACAUAAUGAAAUAUGCGUGAUAUAAAAUCUCUUCUUUAACACAAGUUAUGUGUAUAGUCUGAGCUUUUGAAUUACAGUGACAUAAACAUAGUAAUUACGUUAUGGUAAUACAUGACAAUGUGAGUGCCAUAUUUUAUUUGACCAUUUCCCAGUAUCUUUUUUAAACAUAUAUUUAUUAGGUAUUUUACAGUUGUCUUUUUUUCAGAUUUCUGUAUAUUGUUCAAAUUGUCCUUUGGCAUGCAUGCUGUAAAUUACAGAUACACAUAAUUAAGGUAAAAUAAGUUUUUUAGAUAUUCAAGUUUCAUUGUUUAUGUUAUUUUAAUUCUUAAAGCUCAGCUGUAGGGAAUUAAUUUUUAAUUCUUGCCUUUUGGGUCAUCUCAGGCCAUUACAUUAACUAUAAGGUGCCUCAAAGCAGAAAUGUCUGCACCAGUGUUGUGUCAUCCCCUCUUACACUGUACAUUGAGAAGGUGCUUAAAUAUAUCUCCUAACCUACUGUGUUUAGGCCAUGUACAGUAUGUACAUUUGUAAAUUGGUGCACUGUGAAACACCGUGUACAAAACAUCAGCAUUGUAGUUUUCCACGGACAACCCUGUAUAUUUCUCUGAAAAUGGCUGUUUUCAGUCUCUGUAUAUGGAACCCCAUCAGGUCAUCUUUUUACAUUGGAAGCACACAAUCUUCAUAGGCCUAUAAGAGGAGAAGCUUAUUUUACUGUUAUGUCAAUUAUUAUUAAAAUCAUCACUUCACAUUUUUUUUGGCUACAUAUAUAAAUUUCUUUGUCUUCCUGUACUUAGUAAAGCUUAUCAGCAUAUUUCUAAUUAAGGGGCUUUUAUAUCACUUAGAAGGGAAAGUUAGUUUUUAAAAGUUUUUAAAUCGAUAGUUUCAGCAGGCAUGUAUUAUUUACAAUCUCUAACUCAAUUGUAUUAUUUUUUCGUAAAAAAAAAAAAAAAAAUUUCGUUUUCUAGUGUAUAAUUUAUAUAUCUGAAAAAAAGUCAUUUGGAUAUGGGAUUAUUAAAUACGAUCUUUAUCUUUUCUUUUAAAAUGUAGUUUUUAAUAAACUGAAUUUUGUGACUUAAAAUAAUUUGUGUAUAAAUUCAUGUUAUUUAUGAUGCAGUAGUGCAUCUCAUGUGUAAAGAACAUCUCAGUGUGAUACAUUGUGUCCAAGCAACUGAAUUUCUUUAGCAGGGAGAACAUAUAACUGAGGAAAAUUAUGUAAAUUAUUUUUUAUUUAUGCAACAGCUAUUUUUUCCUAUAUAGCUUUCUCAAUUUGUAUUCAUUGAAGAAGUGCUGAAAAGAUAUAAUCGAUCAAUAUUGAGAGAAAUAUAUAUAUAUAUGAACUGUAUAUUACUAAGUUUCUUGUUGUGUUUUUCUUUAUUUCUUAGUAUUGUAUAAUAAUUGUUCAAAUUAUAGGAUAAUGGAAAACUGCAUUGUUAGUUUAAUAUCAAAAUUUAUAUUCUAUUUAUUUUCACGUGAAUUUUUCAUGGAAAAGAAAUCAUUUAUAUUAAGAAUAUUUAAAUGGCAAUUAUGUAAAUUAUUCAUUAUGUAAAUUAAUUGUAAUAUACAUAACUAAGUUGCGUGAUAUUAAACUUUUGUACUUCAUUUCUAGUCCAAAACAAGGUGCCCAGAUUGUUACCAAAAUGAUGUCAACACUUUUUUAAUAUUUCAAUUACAAGCAUCUCCUCUUUAACAUGGUAGUGUUUUGAGAUAAGAUGAGCAGUAUUUUCUUAACAAAGAAGAUCCUUCACAUGACAAAAAAAUGGAAAUUAAUGUGAUAAAUAUAAGUUUUGAGUUUUUCCAGAAUUCAAAAAAAAAAAAAAAAAAUUGCAAUCUUAUUUUUCAAUCCUCAUAAGUUAAUGCUGAGUACUGCCACACAUAUGAUUUAACUUGUAUAUUUCAUAUAAUUUAUGAAUUUUGAUCUCUAUAAAAUUUGUCAAACAAUUCUUCAAGUAUCUGAUUUUUUUGUGGGGAGGGCUUUGUUUAAUUACACGUAGGUAUACAUGCGAACUUAAUUUUUGCUUUAUAUUUGAGUAAGCCAUUAGCAAUUCUUUCAAAAUAAAAAUUGGUUAGUGGCUUCUGGUCUGGGCAGUUUGUGGAUUUAUUCUUUGUGUAUGUUCGCACCCUUGAUGUAGUCUUGGACACUGUACAUGUUGUAUCAUAUCAGUUGUGUUUUUGGUCACUGUAGAAAAUAAAUUUGUUUUGCAGUGAA